AUGGGUGAAUCGCUCGAGAAAGGUUGUGUCGCAUGUAGGUGGACACUCGACAAAGAAAGACGGUGCCAUUAUACCAGCCACCUCAAGCUCCUCUAUGGUGCAUCUACAUGGGGCGUCUGGUCUAUCGGAUCAGAUGUGGUCCUGAAAGACCGGCCCGAUGAAGGUCCAAAGGCAAAAAUUGAAGUCAAAACUUUGGACUAUCUAGGGAGCAAUAAGAAUUCUGAUAUUCCCAUCCCGAAGGUCUUACGAGACUGGGUCGAUCGAGAUGGGCGCUACUUCAUUUUGAACGAACGCAUCAGUGGCCAGACACUCGAGGAGGGGAUAGACUUCUCUGUCAGAAACCUAAAAAAUAGAUAUUGCAGAUUAAGUUGCUUCUUAUUCUUCGAUCUUGAGCCCCGUGGGCCGUUUCACUCAGACCAAGAGCUCUGGAAUACUCUUGCCCUGAACCUUCGCUACCUUCCUCAAAAUGUCUUGGAGAACUUAAAAAAGCGCCAAACAAAGUGCGAGUCCUAUGUGCUUACUCACUGCAAUCUCAAUUUGGGAAAUAUUAUGGUUCAAGACGGAAAGGUUGUUGGUAUACUUGACUGGGAAUACGCUGCAUUCUUCCCUAUUUGGCAUGAGUAUGUUUCGGCCUCUUUUGGAUUAAAAGAGAUGGAUGUGGAAUGGAAAAGAUUGCUCCGAGAGCGCUUAGACGCACAUGGCGAGGCGCACGAAAAUUCUAAGGCAUUCUGGACUGAUAUGUGUAAUUCGAGGCCGUACCCAAAUCUGGACGAGAAAGGCCAGGAAGCCUUAGACAGAUUGUUAUAG